AUGAAUGUUAUUCAGUGUCAACCACCGAAAAGUCCAUAUCACAAACGUGAUUUCAGCGUGUGUCGUGAACCAAAUGAUUUUGAUCCACUUUUUCAAGAGAAUAUCAACGAUAUUGCUGAUACCAUGAGUGAGAUUAUGAUUGUAUGCGGAAUCCAUCGCUGUAAGGCCAAACUGACCAAAGGAAUUGUGAUAAAAGCUUUUGAGUUUUAUGACAAUAAACGACAUCGAUUCGAAAACUCUGACAAUGAAAAUAGUAUUUAUCGCGAACACAUUGUGAGAGAUUUCGAAUGCGAAUGUCAAAUGACCAGAGUUGAGGCUCUCCUGGCCUAUUGUAUUGUCAAGAGAGCCAUCAAAGCAUUUUAUCAUGGAACUCCAGAACGUAGCAUACGUAAUCCAAUUCGAGAAGCUGUAAUCUUAAAGGAGCAAGAAUUCAUAUGGUUGCAUGCCGCUCGUCGUACCAUUUUGCUUUUUGAGCGUUAUUCUCAUUUAUUUUUCAAUGCUCAAAGAAAUUAUCCGGCACAAAUACUAAAAAUCUAUAAAGGACUACAUGCCCGCCUAAGUGAACGUGCAGAUCCUGUCGUAGUUGAAGAUUACCACCCCAGAGGAUGUGUGAGGAAAAUUAUACAAGGAACGAAAUCUCCACCCACGACAAAUGAAGAAACACCAAAAUGUGUGGAAAGAUGCCGAAAGUCUAGCAACCUUAAGGAAUAUAUUGAAAAUUUACCCCCAAAGUCGUGGCCAAUUAAAAGUCCACUUACCCUGCGUAAUUCUGGUCCUUUGGUUUGUCAUAAUCAACGAAUAAUGGACAUCCAAUCGGAAGAUUUUACUCGUCCAAAGAAGAGGAGAGAAAUCCGAAAUAAAGACCUCAAUGUGGAGCGCUGUGCCCAAUGCAAUUGUCCCCAACUUAUGUGUGAUUGUGAUAUUGAUCGUGACACCGGUGUUGUGGCCAUUGAUUGCGGUCAGGGUCCGUUUGAGUGUCAGUGGGUGAGGAUGGACAGGGAAGAUAAACCGGAUCCAUGUAUUGAAAAUCCCGAAUAUCAUCAAUGUCCAGUAGAUUGUGAGCAAAAUAAGACUUCCACUGAUGAGUCUGAUACCUCAGAGUAUUGCGAAUGUUCGGCUGAAAGUGAAAAGGAUACUGAUGCUGGUCGUAAUAAUGACGCCAACCUGACUCAGGAGGAAUUUGAACCAUCCGAUAAUGAGGGUUAUUUUACACAAAUAAUGUCGAAAAAUAUAUCCAAGAACAAGAACGCAACUGUGUGUCAGCGGUGA